AAUAAACACAUAGAUAGUAUCUGUACCGCGCGAAACAGUGUUGAUUCGGCGCGCAUGAGGCCAGCAGUGUCCUCGCAAAACUUGGACUAAUGGAAUCCGAUGACGCAACCCCUUUGAAUUUCGAUGAAUGGAAUGGAGAUUGUACACUAUGGCAGCAUGCCAUCUGCGGAAGUGCAGCUGGAGUCAUGGAGCAUACACUCCUGUUCCCACUGGAUACACUGAAAACAAGACUACAAUGCGGAUGGUGUAACCAAGAACGUAAAACUAUAGCUUCUGUGUUAGAACGGGGGUUUGGUGCGUGCUCCCUGAGUCCUCCGCAAACAAGAAUAUACGGACAACUAUACAGAGGAUGUAAUAUAAUGGCCGUAGGAUGUAUACCAGCACACGUGCUGUACUUCACAGCAUACGAAGUAUUGAAAAAAGUGGUAAACGUGCCCAUGGCAGGAGCUAUCGCCACCGUAUGCCAUGAUGCAAUAUUGACCCCGGCUGACGUUAUUAAACAGCGCCUUCAAGUAGGAUCGUAUCGCAAUUCAUUCCACUGCGUAGCACAAAUCAUGCGCUACGAGGGUAUCAAGUCAUUUUAUCGCAGUUUGCCAGUGGCACUAUUCAUGAACAUGCCAUACAACGCAGUCUUGGUAGGCAUCAAUGACUUCUUGCUAAAUCGCCACCCCGGAGGGGCCAAUAACCGCAGCAUCCGAACUUACUUCCUAUAUGCAGGCAUCGGAGGAGCUGUGGCAGGAGCUAUUACUAACCCAAUCGAUGUCAUCAAAACACAUAUGCAGACGCAACAGUGCUACCGAAAGGACAAAGAUCCAAGUAGACCUGUAUAUACCAACCCAGCAAACACAGCUCUCGCAUUAUAUCGAGAGUAUGGAUUCCGCAUCUUCUGGAGAGGUACCGUUACACGAAUGUGUAUAUGUCUCCCGGCAGCAGCCAUAUCAUGGGGAACGUACUCAACACUAAAAAACGCAUUCCGCAAUUUUAAUAACGGGUGACAUACUAUAGCUUAAUCACG